UAUCCCAAAAAUAAAAAAAGUAUACUCCUUGCUCUCUCUUAGUACGUAGUUUUAUUUUACAAUAAAAAAAGAAAACGUCUGUGGAAAAUCAAUUAAAAUAUAAACCUUUUCCUUGCACCACCUUUUCUUUCACUGCCUUUUCCUUGUCACACAAAGCACUACUCCAACUCAAUAAUUUUUCCGACGAUCGUACGGUCACUAUUCUCCAGCGAUGUCUCUCAUCACCCCUCCACCGAUAGAUCCUUUUGGAAAAAUCAACCUCAAUUUUCAGAUAAGUCCGAAGAAAGAAGAAAAGAAACAAAAGGGAAAGGAGAAACAAGAGGCUUGUCUCUGCACAAUGAUCAAGGUAGCUCGUGAUGAAGACCUCGGUGAACAAAUCGGAAAGGAGAUUUAUUUUGAUCUUGUGGACCAUGAUAAAGUGCGUACUUUUUGUAUUCAGAAACAGAUGCCAUUCACUCAAUUCAAGGAGGAAGUUGCUAAGGCAUUUGGUAUACCAGUGCAAUUUCAACGUUACUGGCUAUGGGCAAAACGCCAGAACCACACUUAUCGGCCUGAUCGCGCAUUGACAGCUCAAGAGGAAAUUCAAGCCGUUGGUGAACUGAGAGAGGUUUCAAACAAAUGGAACAAUGAUGAGCUAAACCUUUUUCUGGAAGUAGACCUAUGCCUGGAUUUGCGACCUUUAUCUCCACCAGGGAAGAUGAUCAAGGAAGAAAUCCUUCUAUUUUUCAAACUUUAUGACCCUCUGAAAGAGAAGAUAAGGUAUGUUGGACGGCUUUUUGUAAAAGGAAGUGGCAAGCCGCUGGAGAUAUUAACCAAGCUGAAUGAGUUGGCUGGCUUUUCGCCUGAUGAAGAAAUUGAACUCUUUGAGGAAAUAAAAUUUGAACCCAAUGUGAUGUGUGAACAGAUUGACAGUAUGCUGAGUUUUCGUGACUGCCAGCUAGAAGAUGGGGAUAUAAUUUGCUUUCAGAAAUCCCUUCGAAAUCAAUGCGGUGAACAAUAUCGCUUUCCUGUGGUUCCUUCAUUCUUGAAGUACGUGCACAAUCGCCAGCCAGAAGAACACAAAAUUAUUGUUCCUACUUCUGAUUUUCCUACUAAGGAACCUCAGACGAUCGAAGUUGCACCAGUGGACACAGCACGCACGGUGGAUGAUCCAGUGUCACUCUGCUUUACAUGGACUAUCAACAAUUUUUCAAUGUUGAAGGUGAAGAAGUUGUACUCUGAUGUUUUUUAUGUUGGAGGAUAUAAAUGGAGGAUACUAUUAUUCCCGAAAGGGAACAAUACAGACCAUUUAUCAGUGUACUUAGGUGUGGCAGAUGCUGCAAAAUUGCCUGACGGGUGGAGUGUAUAUGUUCAAUUUAGCUUAGUUGUUCUCAAUCAAAUUCGUAACAAGCUCCCAGAGAAAAAAGAUACUAAACAUCAGUUUAAUGCAAGUGAGGCUGACUGGGGCUACACAUCAUUCAUGCCUCUUACUGAACUAAAUGAUCCCGGAAGAGGUUAUCUUGUGGAUGAUAAAGUCACAGUUGAAGCUUAUAUUGUCAUGCCUAAAGUCAUUGAUUGCUGAAAGUUUUAAGUCACUAAUAGAUAGGCUAGGAGUACCAUUGCUCGGGCAUAGUUAUCGGGAGCAGAAUGGGGUAGCGGACUUGCUUGCGAAGGAAGAGCUUGAAAACAACUUAUUUGAUUUUGUGUAUAUGCUAGUUCCUCCCGUGUCUGCUAUGGAAGCUUUGUUAGCUGAAGCAAACAAAUUAGCACCACUUUUGUUAGGUAGUUAUCGGAUAAUCCUACUACUUCAGUUUUUGACUCUGCUUCGUAUGAACUAUUGGUAUUUGGUCCACAGUGACCGCUUAUUUUGUUAUGAUGCAUAUAUUGAUAUAUACUACCCCAAAAAAAAAAAAAUUAAUACAAUAUCAGUUGUAAAUAAA